CUUUAAUUGUUAUUAAAACAAUAAAAAAAGCUUAAAAAAUAAAGUGAAAAGUGUUAAAAAAUAAUAAGAACCCUAUAUAGACUAUUUUACAACAAACGAGUGAUAAAUUAAGCGAUGUUUUUAAAGCAUUCUAAGACUUGUUUUAAAUAUUGCAAACGUUUUAAUAAUGUCCGAAGAAGCAGAAGACAUUUUCUUUCGCCCCUCCACCUCCAAUGAGGAAAGUUCAACAAAUGAUUCCUUCAACGAUGAUUUGCCUCCACGUAUAAUAUUAGUGUGUUUCUUAUGCUUCCGCGAAUAUGAUUUGGAAGAGGAUUUACGUGGUCAUAUGAUAGAAUAUCAUAAAUUUAAUCUGAAAGAGGAACCUGAACAGAAAAUGACUAAAAGGGAAACGAAAGAAGAGCCCACUCCGGAAGAAAAUGUAGAGCAGGUGGAGAAACAAGCUUCUGAAGUAAAAGAAGAAAUUGAUAAACCUUUAAUCGACAACGAAAUGAAGCCGGUACCAUUUAAAGAUUUUCGUUUAAUACUAAGAAGUGAAAUGUCCUUAAAAUGCAAUAAAUAUAGCAAUUGCAUAUAUAAAUUUGAAACUCCCGAAAAGUUGAAACAACACAUGGAUUGUCAUGCUGCAAAUAAGUCUACAUUUCAGUGUUAUAUUUGCUCGGUGGGUCUUAGCAAUUGGAGACGUUGUUCGGCUCAUUUAUGGAAAAUGCAUCAGUUGGAUGUGGAUUUAUUAAAAUGUCCCAUUUGUGGGUUUAAAUCCCAUGCUUCCGCUCUAGUCUGGCGCCAUAUGAGAGUCCAUAAAAAGUGGCGCCCUAGAGUUUUGCGCUCCUUGAAGGCUGUCAAACAAAGACGUUUGGAAGCUUUAAAGCAAAAUGAAGAAACCAUAGAGCCGGCAACUCCCAAACCACCAACGCCCCGAAAAAAUAAAUAUUAUUCCGAAAAGACUUGUGAGAUUUGUGAACGUAAAUUUGUUAACGGCAAAACUCUUUCGAAACACAUUAAAACUGUACACAAUAAAAUCAAACCCUUUAAUUGUAAUGUUUGUGGCAAGAAGACUGCUAGGAAGGCCAGUUUAAUAAUUCAUAUGCGCCAACACACCGGCGAAAAACCUUUAGCCUGUAAAUCAUGUAAAUUUUCUACACGUGAUCCCAGUGUCUUACACAAACAUCAAAUGCGUCACGAAUUGGCUGGUAAAUUGAAAUGUUCCUUGUGCGAUUACUCGUGUAUUCAGUCGAAUGCCCUUAAACGUCAUAUCCGUCUAAAUCAUGUGGAAUAUUAUAAAGAAAUAUCUUGUGAUUUAUGUAGUUUUGUUACCAUCAAUGUAAACAAAUUAAAGGCUCAUAAAGAGGAUCAUCGUAAGGGUUUGAUCGUCAAUAAUGAAGAUUCAAUGCCGGCCAGAAAGUUGGUGAAAAAUAAUGAGGUUUCCACCGAUUGUUUCUUACCUUUGGAAAGCAUCGAUUCUUUGCCUCAUGAACCUGCAGUUGAUACUGGUGGUGUUACUAUACCCGCUCCCUCGGAGGAUUCACAAUUUCCCACUUAUUUAAAUAAUUAAAACAAAACACUUGUUUAUUUUUUUUUUUUUAAUUUUUUACUAUUUAUUUCAUUUUUUUGUUGUUUUAAUUGAUUUUAUGAUAUGAUUUGCAACGCAAUAUUA